UAAUAAUUCAAAAUCAUAACAUUAUACAUGAAUACAACUUGAAAAGUUCUUUUUUAAUAAAUAUUGACGUCAUUGUUGUUUAUUUUUCGUAGUCCUCAUAAACACUCCCCACCACGGUGCCCUAUGUUUCUCCCUACUGCAUUUUACGUUUUCGCGACAGUUGCAUUCGAAGCAAGAAAUAGAUAACAUCAUUGAAUUUAUUUCAAAGCUUUGAAAGUGUGAAGUGAUAGGUGAAUAUUGUUGUGUGAUAGUGACAAUGAGUGAUAGUGAAAAUGUUCUCACGAUUGAAGUGAUUGAAGAUAGGAGAAAUGAAUGCGAACAGCAAUGCGUGAUGGGAAAUACAAGUCGGCGGCCAAAAUUAACAGUUCAUACGAGAAGAUACUCGAAAAAAAGAGCAUGCCGCGAAAGAAGACGGCGGUUAGCUCUUCAGAAUACGGCAAAUUGUAAGGAAAUUUUUGAAGGAACGACGAAUGAAUUGUUUGCAAUUGAAGAAAGAAACAAUGCAGAAGAUGGGAAAAAUAUUGAAGGCACAAAUUCAGAAAAUGAAGAAUUAAUGAUACAUAAAGUUGUAACGAACGAGCCUGAAGAACAAUUCUGUAUACCAAAUGGCUUCAGUAUCGUGGACAUGCAGCACAUUUUUGCUGAAUUUCAGAAAAUAGGCGAACAUGCUAGAAACAGGGAGGACUGUGGAAUUAGGCACCUAAAAAUAACCGGCAUGAAACGGUCGGGCCUGAGGACCACCCUCAGUGUAAUAUGCGAGAUGUGCAAAUAUAAAGGUGAAAUCCACAGUGAACCUGACGAUAGCAAUAAAAUGGAAACAAACCAGUGUGCAGUUGCUGGAACAUUUGUGAAUGGAGGGAGUUAUGCCCAAAUGGAGGAGUUCCUUGCAGCGAUGAACAUACCCUCCAUGUCGAAGAAAGAAUUUAGAAAGCAUCACGAUAAAAUCGUGAAAGCACUAAUUGUUGCUGCAGAAGAAGAGAUGGUAGCAGUGGCAGAGGAAGAAAAACGCUUGGUCAUUAAAAGAGGCGAUAUUGUUCCUGGAUUUGGAAUCCCUCACAUCCCCGUUGUGGCCGAUGGAAGCUGGAUGAAACGAUCAUAUCGGACUGGAACGUAUGAUUCCGCGUCUGGAGUCGGCGUGAUAAUUGGAUACCAUACGAAGAAAGUUUUAUUUAUCGGUGUGAGAAACAAGGUGUGCCGGAUUUGUCGAUGUGCUGCGAAAAAGAAAGAAGAGCCACGGAAACACACCUGUUUCAAAAAUUGGAGCGCAAGCCAAGCAUCAACGGCGAUGGAAAGUGACGCUAUAGUCGAAGGCUUCAAGACCAGCGUAGAAAAACGUGGGCUGAUUUAUUCAACACUGAUUGCUGAUGGGGACAGCAGCGUUUAUAAAAAAAUUAUAGAUGCGGAUCCAUAUAAAACGCAGAUUCGUGUAAAAAAACUUGAAUGCAAAAAUCAUUUGUUGAGAAACUUUUGCAGAAAAAUGAAAGAAAUUGUAAAGAUGACAACACCUGGUCCAUUGAGAAGAAUCGUUGAAAGCAGCAUUCGGCGAAUGCGUGCGGACAUAGUAAAAGCCGCAGAGUACAGAUACAGUCAGCAAGUAACAACCGCUGAAAAAAUUAAGAAUUUGUAUGCCGACAUACACAAUGUUCCUAGCCACGUUUUUGGUGAACACGCAGAUUGUUCAAAACUACAAUACUUCUGCGAUGGAACGAGUAAAAAGGAUGAAAAGAACAUUGUUUCCGAAUUGAUGAAGAUGGGAGUGUACGAACAAAUCAAAGAAAUACUUCGACCUCUAUUGGCGCAUGCUGAGAGUUUGCUGUAUAACAGCAACAAUAAUGCUGUCGAAAGUUUCAAUGGAAUCAUCGCAAAAUAUACAGGAGGCAAAAGAUUGAAUUUCGGAGAGAGAGGAUCUUACACGGGAAGAUGUGCUGCUGCUGUCCUACAGUAUAACACAAAACAAGUGUUGUCGCGUCUGAAUACGGCGAUGAACAAGAAACCGCCCGUUAUUUUACGCAAAAUAGAAAAUAGAAGGAAGAAAGAACAUGAGAAAUACAGUGAAAAGAGAAAGGAAAACAAAAUUACAAAGCACGUGCGGAAACAAUUCCGUUCUGAAAAAGAUUCCAAUUACGGACCAAACGCUGAAAAGCCGGAUAUGGCUAACAAUAUUUAUGAAUUGGAGGAAAAAAAACAUAUGAAAAUGUUACAAAAUUGGCAAAAUAGAAGAGAUGCCGUUGAAGAAGAAACCAUCGGUCAAGCGAAAAAUCCGAGAUGGUUGAAUUACAAGUCGAAAUUAUUGACGGCCUCUAAUUUUGGAAGAAUAUGCCGUCGUCGAAUUGGUACGCUCUGUGGAAAUUCAGUGAAGUCGUUAGUGUAUCCACGAUUGAUUAGUGCACCUACAGUACAAAUGUAAAUGUACAGUACAAGUGUAAAGAAUGUGGAUUAUUUAUUGAUAGUGCCAUCCCGUUCUUAGGAGCUUCGCCAGAUGGACUUAUAGACGAAGAGGGCAUUGUGGAAAUCAAAUGUCCGAAAACGGCGGAAAAUUUAUUGCCGGAGGAGGCAAUCAAAAGUGUUGCAGUUAUUCGGCGUAUAUUUGCAGACGCAGAAGGAAAUUCAUUGAACAGGAACCACUACUAUUACUACCAAGUACAAGGACAAUUACAUGUCACAGAUUUUCGAAGAAAGGAUUCCCGAGAAGAGGUUUUUUGGAGCGAAGCGAGCUUAGGACUCUAAAUUUAUUUUUUCAGCUGAAACAAUUUUUUUCUUAUUCCCUUCAUGAAAUUAUUAAUGUCCUAUAUCAUCUA